CAAAUAAAAAAAUAGAAAAUAGAACUGUCAAGAAGUCGUGUUGUUUUUUUUAUAUUUGAGAAUUGAGCUCUCGGGCAUUAAGGUGUAAAUAGGAAUUGCAUAGUGUCAGUUUGAAAAUACGUGCAAUUUUCGGAAUAAGUUCAUUCGAAUUUAGUGUCUUGACAGAAAUGGCAACAAACAUGGAUGAAGAACAGGCUCUACGUGAGUGCGAAGCCUACGUUCAAACGCAUAAUAUUCAACAAAUUCUUAAGGACUGUAUAGUUCAAUUGUGUGUAAGCCGUCCAUCUAAUCCUAUUUCGUUUUUAAGAGAACACUUUCAGAAAUUGGAAAGGGAACAAGCCUUAGAUGCCAAGCAGCAGGCCGCUUCUCCGGAGGACACGGAGGACCUGUCGCCGCUGCCGGCGCACGCGCAGCAGCCCGUGCGGCGCCGCGGCGGCAUCUCCGCCGAACCCGUCAGCGAGGAGGACGCCACCAGCUACGUGAAGAAGGUGGUGCCCAAGGACUACAAGACGAUGGCCGCCCUCUCCAAGGCCAUCGCGAAGAACGUGCUCUUCUCGCACCUCGACGAGAACGAGCGAUCGGACAUCUUCGACGCCAUGUUCCCCGUAACCUGUCUUCCGGGCGAGGCCAUCAUCCAGCAGGGCGACGAAGGGGACAACUUCUACGUCAUCGAUCAGGGCGAGGUGGAGGUAUAUGUGAAUAACGAACUGGUAACGACAAUAGGCGACGGCGGAAGCUUCGGAGAACUUGCUCUCAUAUACGGCACUCCCAGGGCUGCCACGGUUAAGGCCAAGACAGAUGUAAAAUUGUGGGGUAUCGACCGAGACUCCUACCGAAGAAUUCUCAUGGGUUCCACGAUAAGGAAGAGGAAGAUGUACGAGGAGUUCCUGUCCAGGGUUUCCAUCCUAGAAAAUUUGGAUAAGUGGGAACGACUUACGGUGGCAGAUGCUCUAGAGCCCGUCAGUUUCGAGGACGGAGAGACGAUCGUACGUCAGGGCGAGCCCGGUGACGAUUUCUACAUCAUCGUCGAGGGCACGGCCAUCGUCAAACAGAACAGAGCCGAGGGCGAGGAGCCCACUGAAGUCGGAAGGUUAGGACCCAGUGAUUAUUUCGGGGAAAUAGCCCUUUUACUCGACAGACCGAGGGCGGCCACCGUCGUGGCUUGCGGGCCAUUAAAAUGUGUCAAACUAGAUAGGGCUAGAUUUGAGAGGGUUCUCGGCCUCUGCGCCGACAUACUGAAGAGGAAUAUAACGCAGUAUAACAGCUUCGUGUCACUUUCCGUUUAAACCACGUAAAUUAAUUGCAAUAUUCCUUUUUCAUGAACUGAAUCUUCAGCCAAAUUGUAAGUCUUCACUUUCGAUAGAAAUUUUAAUUUUUCGUUUUAAGAUUUGCCCGUUAUUUAUUUAUUGUUGAACGAGUGCUAUCAACGUAACAGA